UCUUUUAUCUUGUCCUUCCCUCAACGUUCUUCUUUCACCCCCUUCUUGGUUGCGUGCGUGCGUCCUUUAUUAAGGAAUGAGGGGUCGGAUAGAAAUUGCAAGAACUCCAAAAUAUUUAUUCAUAUAUUUUCUUUGAGUUCAUUUAAAAGGAUAAAUAAAAUAAUCCCCACGCCUACCAGAGGAAAGAAAUAAUUUCCUCACUCUUCCUUCUUUCCGAUAAAAUGGGUCUCUUUCUUUCCAGAAAUAUUGUAAAUUUUCUCAUCUCUUCCCUCUUCUCAUCCAAGAAAAUCCCUACGAAUCUCGUCCCUUCUCAGAUUGAAAACAUGGUCUCCAUGGUGUCAGCCCGUACCGGAAGACACAGGCAGCGCUUCAAUAAAGAGUAUCGCCUGGUUGUAGGAUGCAUUCCUUACAGAUACAAAGACGCCCAGAAAUCGUUUUCGGUUGACAAUAUAGAAGUUCUUGUGAUUAGUUCGCAGAAAGGGCAUGCAAUGUUGUUCCCGAAGGGUGGGUGGGAAAACGACGAGUCAAUGGAAACCGCAGCUUCAAGAGAGACAUUCGAGGAAGCUGGAGUGACUGGCAACAUCGAAAGCAGAUUAGGCAAAUGGUAUUACAAGAGCAAGAGGCAUGCGAAGAUGCAUGAAGCCUACAUGUUCGCUUUGCGUGUAACGAAACAACUGGAAAAUUGGCCGGAGAAAGAUAUCCGAAAGCGAGAAUGGAUGAGUGUGGAGAAAGCCAGAGAAGUUUGCCCUCACAUGUGGAUGAAAGAGGCUUUAGAUUUAUUACUCAUACGACAAUCAGAAGUUGAGCAGAACUUGGAUGACGAAACGCCUUGUUCAUAAAACAGUCAUCUUUUUUAAGCAGCCAUGGGUUGGCCUCUUUCUUUAGGAGAUCUGGAUCAUGUAGGUUUAGUUGUGGCUUGGCAUAGCGUAAACUUAAAAGGCCAGGAACGAGGAAGUAGUGUUCUUCCUUUCGGUCAUCCAAAAAAACAGGAUAUACAGUUCCUAUGAUUCGGAAGAAAGAAUAUGGGGCCGUAGGACUGGACAAUCUAAAACAGAUCAUCGUCUUGUAAAUAUUCAUUCAUUCAAAUUAAUUUGAUUCUUUGUCACCGUCA